AUGUCAGAUGCACUUUUCAACCAUACUCCGCACAGUAAGUAGGAGCCGGCAAUACAGCAAUAGUCUGCCAUAAACACUUAAAGAAGAAGAAGACGGGGCAGUAGAAACAACAAACAUUUAUUAGACAUAGAUAGCUACAGUAGCUAGUUAAUGUAACAACAACGUGUUAAUAUUGCAUCCAUUCUAUCAACAGCUAUACUUUUGUGAAACAGGUCAGAAUUAGAAACAAACUCGCGGUUUUAUUUGUUUAACGAGUGUUGAGAACUUUGGACUGAGUGACCAUUGAACUCGCACUGACCGGUCCUCCCUAUCAGAGUUCCCCAUCUAUCCCGGGCUCUGGUCAGUCAGCCAUGGCCCUCCGUGUCCUCCAGGCCGUGGCGGCGGUGGCUGUUCUUUGUCGGUUCCCCGUAACGUUAACUCGGGCUGGGGACAGGUCAGAGGGGACUCCCGGCCAAUCCUACGUGGCUGCGGUAUACGAGCACCGGGUUAUUCUGAACCCGGAGCCGCACGUACCUCUGUCCCGGGCCGCGGCGCUCAAGCACAUGAUGAGCAACCUGGAUGUGUACGAGGAGCAGGCCGCGCGAGCUGCGGAACAGGGGGCACAGAUCAUAGUAUUUCCAGAGGAUGGUCUUCAGGGGUUUAACUUCAGUCGUCUGUCCAUCUCUGCUUACCUAGAGACCAUCCCUGACCCACAGUCUGAGGACUGGAACCCCUGUACACAGACAGACAGACACACCCAUACUGAGGUCCUCCAGAGGUUGAGCUGCAUGGCACGACGUCACCGUCUGUACCUGGUGGCCAACAUGGCUGACCUCCAGCCCUGCCGCCAGACCUCUCACCCCACCUGCCCCCACGAUGGGCGCUGGCAGUUCAACACUGAUGUAGUCUUCAGGUGGGAUGGUUCCCUGGCGGCACGCUAUCACAAACACAACCUGUACUUUGAGAAGGCCUUCGAUGCCCCGCCCACACUGGAGGUGGUGACCUUUGACACGCCGUUCGCCGGACGGUUUGGAGUGUUCACCUGCUUCGACAUCCUGUUCCAUGACCCUACCGUCAGACUACUGGAGCAGGGUGUCAGACAGAUGGUCUACCCUACAGCCUGGAUGAACCAGCUUCCUCUGCUGUCAGCCGUUCAGUUCCAGAGAGCCUUCAGUCUGGGAGCUAACACCACUCUGCUGGCGGCUAACAUCAGGGCAGACAGCCUGGGUAUGACAGGAAGUGGCAUCUUCACCCCUGGUACUGCCAUCUACCACCAUGCCAGGGCUGGGCAGCCAGAGGAGGGGAGGCUGCUGGUGCUGAGGAUACCUGUACUGGACACUGCCUGGCUGGGAACAGAGACGAGGGCCAAGGGGCAGGCAGGAGGAGAGGGAGAGGGGGAGGCAGGAGGAGAGACUACAAGGGGAGAGGGGGAGGAGAGCCAACACUGCCAGGAGGAUUCUCUCUCUACCUCUCCUCCUGCCUUCUCUCCCUCAUCCCCCUUUCCUUUCACCUCCUCUAUGAUGUAUGAUCCCUUCUCCUUCCUCCUGCUGAGUGGUUCAGAGGGCCAGCUGACUGUGUGUGACGGUCGUUUCUGCUGCCACCUGCAGUACCGACGCUCCACACAGGGGGGCAAUACGGAGCUCUAUGCUCUAGGAGCGUUCUCUGGCACUCACACAGUUAACGGGCGCUACAAUGUACAGGUGUGCGCGUUGGUCCGCUGUUUGGGGUCGGAGGUCAGCUCCUGUGGACAAGAAGUGGAGGAGGCAGAGUCGAGAGUUGACUUCCUAUUGGAGGGGAAGUUCAGAACCCGUUACGUUUACCCGUCGUUGCUAGGUAGCAGCAUGGUUCUAGAACAACCUGACCAGGUCAAGACGACCGCAGAUGGUCGCGUGGCCAUGGAACACUCAGGGAUGACCGUCGGACUAGUGACCGCAUGUCUCUACGGCAGGGUGUACGACCAGGACUAAGGUGUGUGAGAGAGAGGUUGCAGUCCAAACACUUAAGAUACACCCUCGUCCACUUACCCUCGUCCACUUACCCUCGCCUUAUGCCCUUGGGGAAAUCCCCGUCGCCAUCUUGGAAGGCGGUCCAAAUGAUUAGCCAAGCAAAGGAAGUUAGCAACGUAAGCCCCUCAGCCCUCGUUUUUUAGUCGGCUUAGCUAGUGUACAAUAAUGUUCACUCCUGGGCCCGAAACUCCCCAUAAUUCAAAUUCACGACAAUUGUACAUCUUGUCAGCGAAAACUUAAAAACAACAUCAAUGGAGAAGUCAACAUAAAAACAGUAAAAACAAAUGGAAAUAAGGUAGAAAUGGUGCUACUAAUGCACAUGACGG